UAUUAUUUUUUCCCUAUUGUUUUAUUUUGCUAGCUCAUAUUUAGCCCAGGAACUUUUAACUGCUGCCAGCGGUGGAGCACAGAUCGGGAUUAGAUCUUUUCCUCCCCUGUUCCCAAGAUCCUCCUCCUGAGUGGCCACCAUGGGAAGCAAGACCCUGCCAGCCCCAGUGCCUAUCCAUCCUUCCCUCCAGCUCACCAACUACUCCUUCCUGCAAGCAUUUAAUGGGCUGCCCACUGUGCCCUCUGACCACCUCUCCAACCUCUAUGGCUUCAGUGCUUUGCACGCCGUACACCUGCACCAGUGGACUUUGGGGUACCCAGCCAUGCAUCUGCCCCGCUCCUCCUUCUCCAAAGUGCCUGGUGUGUCAAGCCUGGUGGAUGCACGCUUUCAGCUGCCAACCUUCCCACUCUUCCCACAUGUCAUCCAGCCCAAGCAAGAGGCCACCAAUGUGACCCUCAAAGCCAAACCCCGCUUCGACUUUGCCAACUUAGCAGUGGCUGCCACACAAGAGGACCACUCUAAACUGGGACAGGCAGACAGUCAGGGCUCACCUCCAGGGCUCGGGUCUUUGCUUGAGGUGACUAAACUCUCUCCAGAGAAGAAACCUACACGGGGCAGGUUACCGUCUAAAACCAAGAAGGAGUUUGUGUGUAAAUUCUGUGGCAGGCACUUCACCAAGUCCUACAAUCUUUUGAUUCAUGAAAGAACCCACACUGAUGAACGGCCCUACACAUGUGACAUUUGCCACAAGGCCUUCAGAAGACAGGAUCACCUGAGGGAUCACAGAUAUAUCCAUUCUAAAGAAAAACCUUUUAAGUGUCAAGAAUGCGGGAAAGGAUUUUGCCAGUCCCGAACGCUAGCUGUCCACAAGACACUGCACACGCAAGUAAAGGAAUUGAAACCUGCCAAACUUAAGUGCUGAAUCUCCAGCUUCUAUGAACUUUUCUUUCCCUUCUGACAUUACACCAAAACCAGAGCAGAAGCAAAACAUUCAGGAUGGGAGCACUGAACUUCAUGUUUUGUUUUUGGUUGUACUUUAAAAAGAGCGAAAUCUGCCCCACCUCCCUCCACAUGAAAAUUGAGCUUCCUAAGUCAUGGGUGAAAAGAUUAUUUUGCUUUUUAAAUAUACACAAAUGAUGCAAAGAGUACUAGCAGACUUGUGUGGCUUUGAUAAACUUUAUGCCAAAAGGUGGUGCUCACGUGUUGGACAGGAAUUUCUUUCAAACCAAACAAAAACCCA